CUCCACUCUCACACGCCACUGUCAUGUUUGUUUAGUCCUGUUGCUAGUGUCACCGGGAACAUCAAAUAGAACCAUUUUCAGGUUUUCAAAAGGGAAAAAAUAUUAAGGAUGUUCCUGUUGUGGUCAGCCUGAUGUAAAAUUCUUAAGAUCAGAGCCUGACAUAUAAAAUGGGGAACACAGAAGGAUUGACCACAUCACCAAAAGACAACACGUCUUGUAAAAUUCUGGAGGACUACAUGGUGCUGACAGAGCCGGAGAAGAAAGCCAUUGGCACCAUUUGUUUGCUGGCUGGCCCAGCAACACUGAUGGAGAACGUUCUUGUGCUUGGGCUUAUUGCCACCUCAGUGACGCUGAGAAAGAGGCCCUCCUACCUGUUCAUUGGCAGCCUUGCUCUGGCAGAUGUUUUCGCCAGCUGCUUCUUCACCAUCAGUUUCCUGGACUUUCAUCUGUUCCAACGCUGUGACGGUCCGACUGCAUAUCUGUUUAAGUUGGGAGGCGUUACCAUGGCUUUCACUUGCUCAGUUGGGAGCUUACUGCUGACUGCUCUGGACCGAUACCUCUGCAUCCACCAAGCAUCUAGCUACAAGGUCCUGCUGACCCGACGAAGGGCCCUGCUGAGUCUCCUGGUUCUCUGGAGCAUCACUAUCUUCAUCUCUUUCUUACCACUCAUGGGCUGGAGGUGCCCAGAAGUAAGAACACCCUGCUCAAGCUUGUUCCCCUACAUCAGCAAGGGCUACCUGACCUGUUGGACUAGCUUUAUUCUGGUGCUGCUUGCACUAAUUUUGGUGGCCUACGCUCUGAUCCUCUGGAAAGCCCAUCGUCACGCAUCCUCCAUGAACAACCUCCAGGGGGCAGCAGGUAAAGGUCAGGCCCGGAUGAGGAUGGAUAUCAGGCUGGCUCGUACUUUUGGGUUAAUUCUCCUCAUACUGGUGGGAAGCUGGCUCCCUGUACUCUCCUUCAUGCUGGUUGAUGUCUCUAUGAUCCUGAAUCAUACCCAAAAGAGGGCUUUUGCCUUUUGCGGCACCCUCUGCUUGGUCAACUCUGCAGUCAACCCGUUGCUUUAUGCCCUGCGGUGCAGAGAGUUAAGACUGGCUCUGCUGCAGUCUCUACAAAGGCUGUGUGGCUUUGGCAAGUGUCUGAAAUCUACCAAAGCCUUAAAUCCCACACUGCAGACGACAGAAGACAACUGUCCUGCAGAAUCUGACGACGAUGCGCUGGCAAUGACAACUCGACUUGACUCCAUCUCUGAGAUAGUGAACAAUCAGCAGGGUUAAAAAACAAAAGGGACCACUAAAAUGAAAAAAAGAAACUCAGAUGGAUUAAAAGUUUAAUGGCAAUGGGCUGUUGGUGGAGAAUGUCUGUAAAACCUUUAUAAUGACAUCAUGAUUUCUGUGUCUUUGAUAUAUAAAUGACAAGUAUAAUAAAAAAAGAAACUUUUA